AUGAGUGUAUGGCCGUUGAACGAUCCAGGAGGCAACGCCCGCUACAAAGUUGCCAUUCCCCGUGUAGCGGGGCGAGCGGCCAUCGCCAAACGCCAACGAGUCACCCGAGCGUGUGAUGCUUGCCGCUUGAUCAAGUUGAGAUGCAACGGGAAACGUCCAUCGUGUGGCUACUGUGCCACGAUCGGGGAACCAUGCCUCUACUCAGCGUCCAAACGGGAAGCACUCCAGAUUGACCUUCACCGUCUGGAGGGGAAGGUACAGGAGUAUGAAUCCACUCUGAACGAUAUUCUCAUGAAUUGUCCACCAGGUGAUCUCAAGCCGAUCCUGAAAUUGAUAUCGGUAAUGCUGCUCUGUGGUCCCCGCCUGUGGCCUCACCUCACCGUAGCUAAUGACAAGCAGCAACGUCGUCCAGAACUUCUUGCCGCAUUCAACAACGCCACGAGCUUACCUCGCAGUUACCCCAGCACGAAAUAUACCCUCAACCUUGAGCGAAUGCACAUCACUGCUCGAGGUAAGCCCACCGCGGGACUCGGCUUGCGACGCGAGCCUUUGAUUCAGACAAGGUCAUCACAAUACUGGGGCCUCAUUGUGGAUGACGACGUUGCGAGCCACCUGCUUUCACUAUACUUCGCAUGGGAGAAUCCGACUUGGCAUUUGGUCGACCAAGAGCUGUUUGUCCACGAUUUGGAAACUUGUUCCACACGAUUCUGCUCUCCGUUACUGGUCCAUAUUAUGAUGCUCUAUGGUUGCAGUCUUUCAUAUGGUAUGCACUCGUUCACCGAUCGACGUCAAGAGAAAGCACUGUCGCAAAAGCUCUACGAUGAAAUAGUGCGACUUUGGGAACUGGAAAAGGAAAGACUCGACGUACCGACGCUCUUGUCAGGACUUGUUAUGAGGGGCGCAUCGCUUUAUUACAGAUUGGGCCUGCACAAGGAAGGGGCGCCCUACUUUGACUGUGUCAACAAAGAUCUGAAAAUCAGUAUGUUCUUGAAUCUUGAGGGCGACUGCCUGCUCUUGAUCCACAAAUAUCCAGGAACGGCCGCUUACCAAUAUAGAUUGUGCUCCCAAGUAUACAGAAAGCCCAGUGUGUGGCCCAAGCCACCUUCAAUAGGGUUUUCAGAGGAAGAGGCAAGGGCUCUCGAUGAGCAGCUUACAUGGAGUCCAUAUCCUUUUCAGAUUCCACUCUUUGCCGCACGAACGUACAUGAUCACCCGACUGCGCUGCGAUCUGGCCACACUGGUCAAUCAAGCUUCAAUCCUGGCGCUUGAUUUGCAGGACGCACCUCCAACUGAAGCGACCUGGGCUCAAGCGUGUCUAAUUCACCGGAAACUGGUGGAAUGGGAGCUUCGAUUCCCGCCUGAGCUUUUACUGGAACGAAACAGCACUCCUCACGCGUUGUGUUUAAGGAUGACGUAUCAAUGCACCGUGGUUUCGUUGUGCGAUAUUUUCGAGGGCUAUACAGUCGAACAGUCACACGAGCACUCCGAUUUCGAUCCCGCAGCCAGCAAAUCCAAGGCCAUUGAGGCCCACUGCUCAACAAUUUUACUAUACAAGCAUUUCCACGGCUGGAAAUCCGUACCCAUUGUGAUGCUGCAUUUCUCAUGUGUUGCUGGCAUACAUUCGAUAGCACGAAUUGGUAAACCCGGUCAAGAUGAUCUGAAAUGGACUCGGGUCUUGGAAAGCAGCGUUGUGGGCCUCUGGAAUAUGGCUGUCAGUUGGGGUCGGCUGGGUAAAGCUUUUCUCAGGCUCAUUGCCUUCAUUUUGGCCAAAGAACAGAUCCGCAACGACCAGAUGACGACUAGCACGGCCGCCAUCAUGGAUCAGCUUGAUGGGACGUACUGGACUGCCACUGACACUGCGUCAUUGGCUGCGGAUUAUGUGGUAUACUCCGUCAUGCCUAGUAAUAACUCUGCCCCUCCUGAAGGCUCUGGUCAGCGACUUGCUCCCCAUUCAAUCGAGGAUCUGCUGAAAGCGGCAGAGAAGUUGACAAUAUAA